CUGUCAACUGGGUUAGCCACUUAGCUAGCAAGCUGAUGGCGGUACAGAAAGCUAGCUAGCAAACGUCUUAGGUAACGUUAGUUAGUUAUCCAACGCCAAGCUAUGUAAUUACUGGUGGUUAAAGUUUCAGCCACGUUGAAAUUUGAUUGGAUUAUUGGCUAUCUUGCUUCUGGUGUUUAAACGUUUUGUUGCCACAUAUGUACCCCUCGCUAACUAGGUAGCUAGCCAGCUAACUGUAAUUAGUUAUGCUUCUAAUUUGUUUGGUAGAGAUAAUCACAAUGUCAACAAAGCCCCUCUGAACCAUUUCUGCUUUGUUGUCUAUCCAGGUGUCAAUUGGAUUCUGAAUCGUGACCUCGUCUAACUGGAAUUUUCUAUGGCUGCCCCUGUCUUGCAACAGCCCAGUUUCCUUCUGGUUAGUUGUAACUGCUAUAUUGUGUUGCUGUUCAUCAUGAGCAACGUGGGAACUUCUUGUUGCCUACUUGAACUUGUCAUGAGCCAAGUCAAUGUCACAUAAUAGCUAGCCUAGUACUUUGGCAGCAUUAACUGUUGUCAGCAGUAAUGAUGUUGUCUGAGAAAGGCACUUAACCCUAAUUGCUCCUGUAAGUCGCUCUGGAGAAGAGUCUGCUAAAUGACAAAAAAUGUAAAAUGUCUUCUCUUUACAGGCCAACCUGAAAGUUGACUCGACCACCAAGCCUUUUCUCCAGCGUUGCCAGGAAAUGGUCAAGGUCAUUGAUGACUACCCUGUGAAGGUACAAUUUGUCUGUAUAAACCAGUGUUGUCAGUGGUCUAUCUAGCAUGUGUUGGAUUGUUGUGAGUUGUUAGAUAUACUGCACUGUUGGAGCUAGAAACACAAGCAUUUUGCUUCACCUGCAAUACCAUCUGCUAAACAUGUGUAUGUGACAAAUACAAUUUGAUUUGAUUGAAUUGUGCAUGCUUAGGAUCAAAACUAUUUAGAAUUUGAAGUAUGUUGUCAUGUGUGGAUAAGACUGUCAUUCUCAGUUGCUUGGAGGUGCAUGAUUUGCAUAGAACACUUACUAGUGUUUAUGUUAUGUUUUGGAAUGGUUGGGGCAGACUCAUAAGUUUGAUGCUUCAUGUCUAUGAGGGAUGUGUUCAGGCAGCUGUUACUGUGGGGUAUGGUGGGAUCAGAGGGAAUGUCAGGCCAGGGUGACACAUCGUCUGGAAAACAGGGUCUCAGGAACAACUGCUACACUGCAGACCCCUCUCGCUGGGGUGCAGGCAGGCAGAGGAAGAGCACUUUUCUGUCAAUAGGUCAGCUCAUCAAUAUCCAACUAUGUCAAUGUUUAGUCAGUCAGCUUUGUGCCUGAACUCAGUUCAACUCAACCAUGUUAACCAAUCACAUUAAUCCUCUCAGUUAAUAUCUCUAUCUGCAGGAGCUGCACCUGAUCUUCCCAUGGCUGGUAGAGAGUGUUUUUGGCAGUCUGGAUGGUGUCAUCGUGGGCUGGAACCUGCGAUUUCUGCAGGCAUGCAGCAAUGAGUACAACAUCGUCAUGGACUUUCUCAAUCCUAGGUAGUCUGUCAUCCUAUGUCUGUCUUUGUGUUCCUGUGUCUUUGUCUGUCCUUCACUGUCUGCCUUUAUGAUGCUGAAUUUUAGAAAAGCAGUAAUGUACUGACUUAAUUAUGAUCUCAUGUGAUUUUCAGUGGUCCAAUGAUGAAGCUUGUGUACAAGCUUCAAGCAGAGGAGUACAAAUAUGAAAUACCAGUCAGCUUUCUCCCUGUAAGUCGCAUCUCUUUUUAAGCGUGACUUUUUCUCUCUCAAUUUGACACACAGCAAGGACAGUGGUUGGUGUAAAGCUUGGUUGUUUUUCUCUUGCAGGGUCCUGUAAAGGUGUCCAUACAGGAAGGCGUCCUCCCAGAUUGCCCACUUUUUCACAACAAGCUGCAUUUUCCUCUGCCUGGUCUGCAGACACUCAGCCUGGCGCUCAGUAUCCUUGAUGCUCAAACUCACACUCGGACCUCGCUUUCUCAAAAACAUACACACAAUGUUAACAAUGACAAUGUUUGCUUACAUGAUUUAGACUAUUUUAUAGUCUGGUGGUAUGUCCUUAACCCUCUUCAGAUCCCUUUGAAUAUUACAUGUUCAUGUUUGCCUCCAGUCUCAUCACACCAAAGGUAACAAUGCUCAACUGUCAUUAUAACAAUAUAUUUUUUGAUAGUUUGUGAUAAUUUAACCAGACUAUAUAUUAUUUGACAUCACACGUGUUUUGAUGCGUUCUUCUCAGAACUACCCUCUAGGCCAGCAUGUGAGCAGCUUGGACAGUGCAUACUUUGUGCUGGUGGACACCUACCUCAAGUAUUUCCUCCCUACAGAGGGCAGUGUUCCCCCCUCUCCAUUCACAGUUAACAGAGGCUCUGUGUCUCCACCUGCUCCCAGGUACUCUACAGUGGGGAUAGAACUCCAUAGUCCGGUGUGAAUGUGAGAGCGCUAACAGGGUUGUGAGAACAUUUGAAAGAUGCUACCUGAACUUGUCCAAUAAGAGCACAUACUUUCUUAUUUCUUUGCCUCCUUUUAGUUUCUCUUUCCUUCCUAAUGCUAGGAAACUCAGUGCUCACUGUCAUGUCUUUGGUGUCCAGGGCUCCCAGCGUGCCUUUUGCAGGUUAUGGUAUCCACAGCACCAGCCUCCUCAAGCGCCACAUAUCCCAUCAGCCCUCAGUCACUGCUGACCCUGCAGCCCAGGAGAUCUGGAGGUCAGAGGCAUUACUACAGGUGAGUCUCCUUCAUCCUUUGUCAGUCAUGACUGGAUUUGGUGUGACUGAUGUCAGUCAGGUGUUUAGGGAAUCUGGAAUAAGACGUGUGUGUUACCUCCAGGUGUUUGUGGAGAUGUGGCUGCAUCACUACUCCCUGGAGAUGUACCAGAAGCUGCAGUCCCCCCAGGUGAAGGUAAGAGCAUGUCACACGUGGCCCCUUCCACCACCAGGCUCACCCCCUUCCACCACCAGGCUCACCCCCUUCCACCACCAGGCUCACCCCCUUCCCCUCACUCCUGCACUGCAGCACCGAACGGCUGACUGGCUGAUCACUACCGCCCCUCGCCCACCCCUUAGGAGCUUUCACUUGAACCACAGCGGGGCUCACCCUACCGAGUACCAUGAUUAGCCUUACCCCCGCACACACACGCAGACAUUGGCCCCACAUGGUGAUCUGCGUCAAAUCAACCUGUCCCCAGGCUUUCACAACUGGGACACAAAACGUGUCACAUUGUCCUCUUUUUAACUAGAGGGGAAUAUUUAUAUCUGAAUAAAAUGUGCACUCUCACACCUGGGCUAUAGAAAUGUCAUUUGUAUCUAUCUCAUUUUCACUGCAUAGGUAUACUGUAUAUGAGUUUUAGUUUUUUUUAUUCAAUUUCUUAUACAUCUUUGAGGGUAACUGGAAAAUAAGGCUGAAGGAGGUCUGGCUUUAGUUUGUCUUGAGACUCUCCUUAUUUUCAUAGAUUAUGCAACAUGAAUACUAUCAAAAGUUCAAUGUCAAACCAAUCAAAAAAGGGCACGGAAUCAGGCAAUGUCUAAUUUUAUCUGAAAGGAUGGCUUAUUUUUUGGAGGAUUUUCUUUAUUUUGUUGAUGAAUUAUUGGCAUAUGGGCAACUGCAGAGCAAAUUAACUGCACUGAUUUGGCAUGUGUAUCUGGUAGUAGUGCUUUUUCCUCUCUCAGACCUGUGCAUGCUGUCUGUGGCUCCAUUCACUGUUUCAGUACCCUUCUGUUUAUUAAGCUCUUUGUUGUUGGGCUGCUCGGCGGGUUGCCAUCUCUACAUCAGUUCAAUAUAAUCUAGCCAACAUGAUGUUUCAUUAUCCAUGCAUCCCUCAAAUCCCCAAAGGAGUACAAGCCAUAUUCUUCCCAUCCCUGCUAUCCCCUAGUAGCCUAGUACAUACACCAUCUUCUGUUAGAUUGUAUAAUUAAAGUAUGUGGUUCUCCAUAGAGUAAGAGAUGCACUUCCCCCCUAAAAAAAACUACCUGUCAUGGCCAUUGGACUGAAACAAUCCUUUUACCUGUGGACCGUUCUUCCCAAAAAUCUCAAACAAAUCUGUUAUUAACCAUGUGUUGUGUUUUCUGUGUCCCUCGUUGAUGAAGAUAUUAACAGUUGAAUCCCUCCUGUCUUGGGUGUGGAAAGGGCUACUGCAUCACCCUAGCUGUCAUAGCAUUGUGUUCAUGUGGUCAAUAUAUUUCUGUUUUUAUCCUUUUUUGUUUCUACUUGUUUUCUCUUUUGGUCUUCAUUCCUUUUUCCUUUGUGGACUCUAUCCUUUUCUUCUCCUUUCUAUUCCCAUGUUCACCUCCCUCUCUCUCCUCUUUCCCCGACUGUGUUGUUGUCGUUUCCCUCCUCUUCCUCCCCUGGUUGUGACGGGUCGUACAGCUGGCGCUGCUGCAGUAUCGCCUCAGUAUGUCCAGCAUGCCGUGCCAACCCCUGACCCCUUCUGGCUCUGGGACCUUCGACACGUACCAAGUACUUUCCCUUUUUCAUUCAAUCCCACUGGGCUUGCUGGAGGUAAAACUAGGCCCUGAGGACAGAGUAGCGUUAAGGUUAGGACAGGAUGUUCAAGGGUACUUCUCUUCAAGAAAGCAUUUUAAUGCUGUUACAGUGCAUUCUAUAAAACCAACUGCCUGGACGCAACAAGUCAAAGACCUAUCCUUGGAUGGAGCCCAUUUUGACAGCACAACAUUUUGACAUAAUGUCAGACAAACCUCUUACAGUAGAAUCUGGACUAGAGAAGUAUCCUUGAAAGGAGACUGUGCAUUUUUAGAAUUAGAAGAGAUUGACGUUUUAAUUUGUGUUUGUGCACGCACCCUUUUUUAUUUUGGUCUUGCUGAUGUUGUGGCUCACUUAUGUGGUUAAUGUGUGUACCAUUUUUGUCUUUCUCAUUUCACAUUUUUCCAUUAUGUGCAAACAAUACUACAGUAUACAAAACAUGAAUAACCAAAUUGCCCUAAAUCAAUGAAUUCUUCAUCAAAUUGUCUAACUCAUCAUUCUAAGAAUAAUGGACCUGAAUAUCAAUUUAAAGUGUGCCUGUUUCUGAGCUAGACACAUUGAAUGCCUUUUCCAGUAGGCAUUUUCAACAGCAGGGUCAUUUGAAACAGUACUAGGAAUAGGGGAAUGUUCCAAGCCCACUGUGUGAUUGGUUAUUGUUGUCCGAGGAGCUUCAUGUGAUUGACUGCUGUCCCAGUGGAUCUGUGUAUGACUGGCUGCUGUUUCAGGAGCCCUUCACCCCGACAGAGGAGCAUGUUCUGGUGGUUCGUCUCCUGGUGAAGCACCUCCAUGCCUUCUCCUGCAGCCUGAAGCCUGAGCAGGUCUCCUCCUCGCCCUCUGCUCACUCCCACCCCAGCCCCCUGGAGGAGUUGAAGAGGUGAGCUGAGCAGUGAGCACCACCAGGGUCCACAUUCUAUCUAAAACUUUACUGUAACUUUAAACCGUCUAGAUCUAGUUUGGCUUCUAAUUCAUUAUGGCCCCGUCAUUGGUCUGUCUCUAGGGUGGUUGUCCAGCGUUUUGUCCAGCAGAAGCUAUAUGUGUUCCUCCAGCACUGCUUUGGUCACUGGCCUUUAGAUGCCUCCUUCAGAGUGGUAGGUAUCACACCUCAUUCCUCAACCUUCUCGGGUUGGGUGUUGGUGUCAAUCCCAACUUUCUCUCAUUGGGUCCAACCAAUACAACUUGCCACAUCUAUAAUGGAGAUCAAUUUUUGUGUGCUCUUCUCUCUAAAGCACCACUGUCUCUCUGUGUUUAGGUGUUAGAGAUGUGGCUUAGCUACAUCCAGCCAUGGAGGUACACAGGGGAGAAGACCAAUCCUCAGACACACCAGAACAAAGGUGUACCUGAGAAAUGGUGAGUUGUCUGUUGGAUCACCAGAUAGGUCAGGCUAAAUAAAUGUUAGCAGUGCUUCCUUCAAGUCUUUAAUUCUGAGAUACUGACUAGUAUUUGUCUUAUUGCUUCCUCCAAUUUUUAUAUCCAUCUUCCUGACAGUUUUUCUCAACAAAUUUCAGGAGCUCGUUUGUUCAGGAGAACCUACUCAUGUACACCAAGCUCUUUCAGGGCUUCCUAAACAGGGUGGUACGCACAGACCUGGUCAAUGUAAAAAAUGCACUAAUGGUCUUCAGGGUGGCUAAAGUCUUCGCUCAGCCAAACCUAUCAGAGAUGAUUCAGAAAGGUAAGGACAAACAGUCACCCAGCCUUAUGAUACUUGUGUGACGCAUAUGCACUAAUAGUAAUGUAAUGGUCCAGCUACAGCAGUCUGAGCUGUCACUGCCCUGUCCCUCCCCUUCCUGUCCCUCCCCAGGAGAGCAGCUGUUUCUGGAGCCGGAGCACGUCCUCCACCACCGGCAGCACCGGGGCUUCCUCACGCCGGGCCACGGUGGCAGCUUUCUAUCUGCACGGCAGCCUGUGGUGACAGACUGGGUGUUCAAGGUGAAGAGCCACGUGUACGGCCUGGAGGGACCGGACUGUCAGUACAAACAGAUGUUUGGCACGGAGCUGAGGGGCGCGGUGAGUGGAGCUGAGGGGACCAUAGUAGCGAUCGAGUUCAUUUCAAUUCCAGAUAGUUUGUAAUUCCCUGUUCUGAAAUUGAACAUAACUUUGGGAGAAAAUAUCUGAGAUUUCUAAGCGUGCCACUGAGGGCUAAUAGUGAGCUAGUAUUAGCCACCAGCUAUCAGCACAAUCUGUGUGGAUUUGAUUGAAUUAGCUUGGCUUACUGUUAGUGCUGAGCGGAGAGAAGAAGAAAAAAAAUUUAGAAAAAAAAAAGUUUUGUUUUUAAACAGCUAAUUGACCAAUGUCGGUUCAAUUAUUAGAAUUCCUUUUCUUUUUUUGUGAGCUCAAUGCGCACAUUGCACAGUUUCUCUAGAGCUCAAUCAGAUCUGAGCUGUGCAAUGUAGUAGGGAGUUGUACUUUCCAACAGGCCAAUUUUCUACAUAGUUUAGCGCAUAAAACGUGGUAAUUAACUACAAUGACAAUAAUCCAUUGCGCAUCUACUUCUCCAGUCUGUUUCUUUUACGCCUGCUACGGAAGAGACAGAAGAAUGCGCGAUCAUGAGGGGAUAUAGAGUGCAGCUGUUGCUUCGUGAGGUAUCUACCUGAAAAUACAUGAUCUAAGUGAUUGAUAGUUGAUAUUCAGCAGUCAUCAAAAUAGUGAUUUUGUCAGACAGCAUAGGCAGCAGCUCUAUAGAGAUGAGAUUACUUGGAAUUAAAUAUAAAGUCAUCAAAUAAAACAAAUGUAAUAUACUCAACUGAAAUAUUUUAGUAAAGUAAUGUGAGUAAAUUAUGGUUAAUAAGUGAUAAGCAAUAAUGGGCAGUCACUACCAUCAUGGGACUUUUAUUAAUUGUUGUGUUCUGUGUUACAGCGUUCAACUCAAAUAAUCGAAAAACUUGAUUUUUAUAUUUUUAUAAUGUAACUGAAACCGAACCUCCUCAAAAAGCACUAAUCACUCAGCACUACUUACUGUUCACUAAUUGUAUCACUCAUUAGUUAACUGUAGUCUCAGUUGGGUAAAAUGUAAAAAUGGGGGGGGGACAAUAAAAUACAGUAUCAAAAUAUUAUUUUUGACUAAAGGUAUCGAUUGUCAUAAAAAUUUGAAUUUGUAGUUAACAUUGGCUAGCGCUAGUUGGCUGUACCUGCACCAAAACUUCGGUAUAUCAAAUUGUAUUUCUCGCAUUCAACAUGUGGAGACCUUACUGUGAAAUGCUUACUUACAAGCCCUUAACCAACAAUGCAGUUUUAAGAAAAAUAAGAGUUUAAAAUAUUUACUAAAUAAAUUUAAGAGUAACAAUAACGAGGCUAUAUACAGGGGUUACCGGUACCGAGUCAAUCUGCGGGGGUACAGGUUAGUCGGUCAUUGAGGUAAUAUGUACAGUUGAAGUCGGAAGUUUACAUACACUUAGGUUGGAGUCUUUUUUUAAACUUGUUUUUCAACCAUCGGUACCCCCUUUAUAUAGCCUCGCUACUGCUCUUUAAUUAUUUGUUUUAAUUUUUUACUCAAUUUAUUACUUAACACUUUUUUCUUAACUGCAUUGUUGGUUAAGGGCUUGUAAGUAUUUCACUGUAAGGUACUCCUGUUGUAUUCGGCACAUGUGACAAAUACAAUUUGAUUGGAGUCAACAUGGGCCAGCAUCCCUGUGGAACGGUUUUGACACCUUGUAGAGUCCAUGCCUCAACGAAUUGACAAAAGUAGGUGCAACACAAUAUUAGGAAGGUGUUCCUAAUGUUUUGUAUACUCAGUAUAGUGAGCAAUAUAUUUGCCGUAUCGAAUCGCAAUACAUAUAGAAUCAUGAUAACUCGUGAUACAUAGUGGCUUGCGAAAGUGUUCACCCCCCGGCAUUUUUCCUAUUUUGUUGCCUUACAACCUGGAAUCAUUUGAUUUACACAACACGGAUACCACUUUGAAGAUGAAAAAUCAACAAGAAUUAAGACAAAAAAACUGAACUUGAGCUUGCAUAACUAUUCACCCCCCCCUAAAGUCAAUACUUUGUAGAGCCACCUUUUGCAGCAAUUACAGCUGCAAGUUUCUUGGUAUGUCUCUAUAAGCUUGGCACAUCUAUCCACUGGGAUUUUUGCCCAUUCUUCAAGGAAAAACUGCUCCAGCUCCUUCAAGUUGGAUGGGUUCUGCUGAUGUACAGCAAUCUUUAAGUCAUACCACAGAUUCUCAAAUGAUUAAGGUCUUGGCUUUGACUAGGCCAUUCCAAGACAUCUAAAUGUUUCCCCUUAAACCUUUACAGUGAGGGGGAAAAAGUAUUUGAUCCCCUCUCAAUCAGAAAGAUUUCUGGCUCCCAGGUGUCUUUUUUUUAUACAGGUAAAGAGCUGAGAUUAGGAGCACAGUCUUAAAGGGAGUGCUCCUAAUCUCAGCAUGUUAACUGUAUAAAAGACACCUGUCCACAGAAGCAAUCAAUCAAUCAGAUUCCAAACUCUCCACCAUGGCCAAGACCAAAGAGCUCGCCAAGGAUGUCAGGGACAAGAUUGUAGACCUACACAAGGCUUGAAUUGGCUACAAGACCAUCGCCAAGCAGCUUGGUGAGAAGGUGACAACAGUUGGUGCGAUUAUUCGCAAAUGGAAGAAACCCAAAAGACCUGUCAAUCUCCCUCGGCCUGGGGCUCCAUGCAAGAUCUCACCUCGUGGAGUUGCAAUGAUCAUGAGAAUGGUGAGGAAUCAUCCCAGAACUACACGGGAGGAUCUUGUCAAUGAUCUCAAGGCAGCUGGGACCAUAGUCACCAAGAAAACAAUUGGUAACACACUAUGCCGUGAAGGACUGAAAUCCUGCAGCGCCCGCAAGGUCCCCCAGCUCAAGAAAGCACAUAUACAGGCCCGUCUGAAGUUUGCCAAUGAACAUCUGAAUGAUUCAGAGGAGAACUGGGUGAAAGUGUUGUGGUCAGAUGAGACCAAAAUCGAGCUCUUUUGGCAUCAACUCAACUCGCUGUGUUUGGAGGAGGAGGAAUGCUGCCUAUGACCCCAAGAACACCAUCCCCACCGUCAAACAUGGAGGUGGAAACAUUAUGCUUUGGGGGUGUUUUUCUGCUAAGGGGACAGGACAACUUCACCGCAUCAAAGGGACGAUGGACGGGGCCAUGUACCGUCAAAUCUUGGGUGAGAACCUCCUUCCCUCAGCCAGGGCAUUGAAAAUGGGUCGUGGAUGGGUAUUCCAGCAUGACAAUGACCCAAAACACAAGGCCAAGGCAACAAAGGAGUGGCUCAAGAAGAAGCACAUUAAGGUCCUGGAGUGGCCUAGCCAGUCUCCAGACCGUAAUCCCAUAGAAAAUCUGUGGAGGGAGUUGAAGUUUCGAGUUGCCAAACGUCAGCCUCAACCUUAAUGACUUGGAGAAGAUCUGCAAAGAGGAGUGGGACAAAAUCUCUCCUGAGAUGUGUGCAAACCUGGUGGCCAACUACAAGAAAUGUCUGACCUCUGAUUGCCAACAAUGGUUUUGCCACUAAGUUAUGUUUUACAAAGGGGUCAAAUACUUAUUUCCCUCAUUUAAAAUGCAAAUCAAUUUAUAACAUUUUUGACAUGCGUUUUCCUGGAUUUUGUUGUUCUGUCUCUCACUGUUCAAAUAAACCUACCAUUAAAAUUAUAGACUGAUCAUUUCUUUGUCAGUGGGCAAAUGUACAAAAUCAGCAGGGGAUCAAAUACUUUUUUCCCUCACUGUAGCAGUAUGCUUAGGGUCACUGUCCUGCUGGAAGGUGAACCUCCAUCCCAGUCUCAAAUCUCUGGAAGACUGAAACAGGUUUCCCUCAAUUUUCCUGUAUUUAGCACCAUCCAUCAUUCCUUCAAUUCUGACCAGUUUCCCAGUCCCUGCCGAUGGAAAAACAUCCCCACAGCAUGAUUCUGCCACCACCAUACUUCACUGUGGGGAUGGUGUUCUCGGGGUGAUGAGAGGUGUUGGGUUUGCGCCAGACAUAGCGUUUUCCUUGAUGGCCAAAAAGCUCAAUUUUAGUCUCAUCUGACCAGAGUACCUUCUUCCAUAUGUUUGGGGAGUCUCCCACAUGCAUUUUGGCAAACACCAAACGGUUUAUUAUUUGUUCUUUAAGCAAUGGCAUUUUUCUGGCCACUCUUCUGUAAAGCCCAGCUCUGUGGAGUGUACAGCUUAAAGUGGUCCUGUGGACAGAUACUCCAAUCUCUGCUGUGGAGCUUUGCAGCUCCUUCAGGGUUAUCUUUGGUGUCUUUGUCUCUCUGAUUAAUGCCCUCCUUGCCUGGUCUGAGAGUUUUGGUGGGCGGCCCUCUCUUGCCAGGUUUGUUGUGGUGCCAUAUUCUUUCCAUUUUUUAAAUAAUGGAUUUAAUGGUGCUCCGUGGGAUGUUCAAUUUAUUUUUAUUUUUUAAUAACCCAACCCUGAUCUGUACUUCUCCACAACUUUGUCCCUGACCUGUUUGGAGAGCUCCUUGGUCUUCAUUGUGCCGCUUGCUUGGUGGUGCCCCUUGCUUAGUGGUGUUGCAGACUCUGGGGCCUUUCAGAACGUAUGUAUGUAUACUGAGAUCAUGUGACACUUAGAUUGCACACAGGUGGACUUUAUUUAACUAAUUAUGUGACUUCUGAAGGUAAUUGGUUGCACCAGAUCUUAUUUAGGGGCUUCAUCCCAAAGGAGGUGAAUACAUAUGCAGGCACCACUUUUCCGUUAUUGAUUUUGUAUAAUUCUUUUUUGAAACAAGUUAUUUCUUUCACUUCACCAAUUUGGUCUAUUUUGUGUAUGUCCAUUACAUGAAAUCCAAAUAAAAACCCAUUUAGAUUACAGGUUGUAAUGCAACAAAAUAGGAAAAACGCCAAGGGGGGUGAAUACUUUUGCAAGGCACUGUAUAGAAUCAGGUCCCCUGUAGCUCAGUUGGUAGAGCAUGGCGCUUGCAACGCCAGGGUUGUUUCUCCCACGGGGGGCCAGUAUGAAAAUGUAUGCACUCACUAAGUGCGUUUGCUAAAUGACUAAAAUGUAAUAUCGUAUCGGCACCUAAGUAUCGUGAUAAUAUCGAAUCGUGAGGUCCCUGGCAAUUCCCAGUGUUAGUAAAAUGAGCUAGCUACAUUCUGCAAGAUUAGAUCUCUCUGAACUGUCUUCUGUGUUGCUUGCUGACUGUCUUGGGAAGACUACAUUCUUCUUGCUUCUCACAACAGACCCAACUGCCCAGGCCUGCCCUUCGUCUUAGAUGGACCAAUCAGCAACUACUCCUUUUGUCUGUUUUUUUUUAUGCUGCAUAUAAACGUGGUCAGUUGUCAUCCUCCUUUGGUCUAGGUCUUAAAGCUUAUUCAGAUCAUCGCCCAGGCAAGGCAGACCGCUGAGAGGAUAUCAGAUCAGUCAGCUGAGGUGGCGGCCAGCAACUCCUUCAUGUCCUGGUUUGGAAUGGGCUCCCCCGACCUCAACUAUACCUUCAAUGGAGGAGAGGUAGAUGACACCGGGGAGUGUGUCAAGAAGACCCACGAGUUUCUGGAGAGGUCACUGGACUACCUCUGUCAGAUAUUUCGGGUAGGUUUACACAUCACUUUUCCUGAACAUUUAGCAUGAGCUAAUGCUUAAAGUUGAGCACUGCUGCAAUUGAUAUUUACUCAAACUUAAUUCCUCAACUCAUCUAAUCAGUUUUGGUGAAAAAUGUCAUGCUAUGCUUUGUCGUCUACAGCUGAAUGCAGGACAGCUGUCUCAGCUGAUGGCUACCCUGGGCUCUGGUCAGGACGAUGGGAACUCCAAGCAGCUACCAGACUCUGUUCAAGGGGAGAAUGGACUCAUCCUCACAGACCUGGGCCGGAUGCAGGUCAGACUACUUAUUCAACUCUAGUAACCUAACCCCAACAACACCUAUAUCAUAAGGGAUGGAUCUAUCGCUACAUAUCUCACACACACUGUUAAAUAUGUUAUGUUUUUGCAGGUCAUCAAUGGACUGCGUAGAUUUGAGAUAGAGUACCAAGGGGACCCGGAGCUUCAGCCCAUCAGGAGCUAUGAGAACGCCAUCCUGGUCAGACUGUUCUUCAAGAUCUCAUCUCUGGUGAAUGAGAGGGUAUGUGACAUGGCAAUUCUUUGUGAUUUGCAAAACUGAUACCCUAAACCUGUCAAUCAUCUCUUUGCCUGUGAGACCUCAGCAGUGCUGUUAACUAUCAUUAUCUAUUAUGAAAUAUGUACAUCAGUUGUAUACACCCAAAAGAUGGUGAACUGAGAGAAUAUGGGUUUUCAUAGUCAGAGUUCUGUCUGUAUUGGCCUGUCAUAAUGGUUGCCCCUCUCCCAUCCACAGUUCGGAGGUCACAUGGAUGCUCUGUGCUCGCAGCCGGACUUCCUGGGCCAAUUGGGACGUUACUACCUGGCCAGCUCCGAGGCCAUGGCGGAUGGCAGGAGCCCGGAGACGCGACGAACAGCGGCGAGGAACCGACGGCCGCGGCUAAGCCUGCGCACGCUGGCGAGCUACAGAACUCUGCUGAUGCUUCUACUGCUCUACCUGUUUGGGGCACUGUUCUCAUUCGGCCCAAUGUCCAGCACACUGCUCAUCCUUACAGGAGGCUUUCUCUACGGACUCUUCAUUGCCUUGUUUGGAGAUAAACUCAAGUCCCAGUAGCAGGGGAAUUAAAUGGCUUUUUUUGCCACUUGCCUUCAUGCUUGGCCACCUAUUGUGAUAAAUGUUCCUUUUUUAAUCUUGUAAAUAAAUGCAAGUGCCUUGCUGUUCGGAUGACGUUAUGCUAAAUAUAUAUUUUUUUAUCAGUUUUACUGAUUGACAGAUGUAAAGGAUUGUUUGAUAAAUUCUAACAAGAUAUUGACUGUUUUUCAUUUAACAAUGAAAGGAUGGUGGUGAUUAUCCUUUAAACUACAAGAUUUGCAGUGUAAUACCCAAAUGUAUUUAUUCAUGAGAUGGCCAUAAACAAUUAAUUACUGGUAAUGUUGCAUAGUUUUAGAAAGGUCUGGAACUUACCUUUCUGGUAAAGAAUUUUUUUUGUUAUAAAUUGCUGAGGUGUACUCACUUGAGGACACAAGCUCAAGGACAAAUAAUUUAAUUGUUUUUCCUGUUGGGCAAAUGGGGCUUGAAAUAACUAAAAUGCUUUAUACGCUGAACAAAAAUAUAA